UGACCUGGGGACUGAAUUCCCCGAGGGGAGGGCAGCUGUUCCCUGUUAGGCUCUGGUGACUUUGCUUGGAUUCCUGUGCCGCGCCCAGGGGUAGCAAAGCACCCAGAGAUGGACGGAAGCAGACGGCGAGCCUGCCCGAGGCCACGAGUAGCGGCAUUUCCGGGCUGUGACUCACUGGGCAAGAGUGAGGUGCAUUCGCCCCACUCUGUGGGUGGAAAUCUCUCUGGGACCAAGUCCUGCCACAAAUACCCAUGACUCCUGAGUGCAGCCCAGGCAGCUACAACCAUGAUUUGUGGACAUGCGUUCUGUGCCGUCAUUCACGUAAGCCGCAUGCCUUGGGCUGUCCCUGGUGCCCCUGUGUGUUUCCUUUUGCCUGCAUAUGAUGUGAGUUUGAGUUGUCCUGCUUUGAUGCCAAUGCUGUCUCACAUAGCGUGUCCCCUGCUGUCCCAUGUGUGACACAUGUGUUCUGCGUCCCACCCUGGCUGUGCAGGGGCUAUUUCCUCGGUGCUGCCAGCUCCCUUUGUGGGAGCCCUUUAGGGUCCAAGGCUGGGCCGCUGUCACACCCAGGGAGUACAGUCAGCAUUCCAGCCUGACCCCCCACGGGCCAGGUGACCAAGCCUGACCUUCGGCUGAGACUAUCCGUGUGAGGGGCCAGGUAUCUGCUUCCAGCCGUCCUUAGCACUGGGUGCAUUGGGUGCACUCUCACGGGAUACCUUUCCAGACCAGCCUCAUGGCCCUUCCUUCCCCUUGUCUGUGCCGGAGCUGGGAGGCAGCUGGAGGCCAUUAUGAAACGAGCUCUGUGGGCCGGUGAGCAGGCAGGUGGGCGCAGGCAGCGGGGGCAGGAGGGGCUGGGAUUGGCUGCUCAGACCUCGGUCAGCCCGGCUGGGGGAGGCUGCAGGAGGCCAAGCCUGGCCUCCUUGGGUUCCUGCCUCUGCUGGGCUCCCGAGGUCAGCAGGAUCAUACUUCAAGCUUCACCUGGAGAGUGUGGUGCUCGUGUGUGGCCCCUGGGUGUCUGAAGGCCUUGGUCUGUGUGUCCGCCUGUUCUGUCCCGUCUACUCAUGUGCCUUGAGCGCACGUUGGCAUGGGUUCACGUGUGUGUGGUCCGUGUGUUUGUGCCUGCGGGUGUCUGUGCAUUUCUGAGCAUGAGCUUGUGUUUGUGUGUUCACUCGUGUGCCUGUUUGGGCAUCUUUGUGUGUGUGUGUGCAGGCACGUGAGCCUGUGUCCUGAGUGUCCCUGUGGGUGUGCCCCAUGUCUCCACACGUGUCCCUGAGUCAGCCGCAGUGAAGAUGCAGAGAUAAGCCCUGGGGGACAGCUUAGGAUGCUGAGUCCUGGGGCAUCUGCCUGCCCUGUCCUCUCUGAUUUGCCAGGUAUCCUAGCGACGCUGCUGCCAGUCGCCUAGCAACCAGGUCCCCAUCCUUGGAGACGGAUGCUCCAAGCAGGGUCUGGGCUAUGUGACUUCACACCUCUGAGGCUUAAUGCUCCUGUCUGCACGAAGGGGAUGCUGAUGACAAUGAGCCGGUACCAGGUGGCUUUGCACGCAGGGAGGUGGCAUGGAGUCCCUCUUCCCUGCCCCAUUUUGGGAGGUCCUCUACGGCAGCCACCUGCAGGGCAACCUGUCCCUCCUGAGCCCCAACCACAGCCUGCUGCCCCCCAGCCUGCUGCUCAAUGCCAGCCACGGCGCCUUCCUGCCCCUUGGGCUCAAGGUCACCAUCGUGGGGCUUUACCUGGCCGUCUGCAUUGGGGGACUGCUGGGAAAUUGCCUCGUCAUGUAUGUCAUCCUAAGGUAGGCUGGGGACCUGCCAAGGUUCCCUACUGGCACACCAAGAUGAAGACAGCCACCAACAUUUACAUCUUUAACCUGGCUCUGGCGGACACUUUGGUGCUGCUGACGCUGCCCUUCCAGGGCACAGAUGUCCUCCUGGGCUUCUGGCCAUUUGGAAAUGCUCUGUGCAAGACAGUCAUUGCCAUCGACUAUUACAACAUGUUUACCAGCACCUUCACGCUGACCGCCAUGAGCGUGGACCGCUAUGUAGCCAUCUGCCACCCCAUCCGCGCUCUCGAUGUCCGGACGUCCAGCAAGGCCCAGGCCGUCAACGUGGCCAUCUGGGCUCUGGCGUCUGUCGUUGGUGUUCCUGUCGCCAUCAUGGGCUCGGCGCAGGUCGAGGACGAAGAGAUUGAGUGUCUCGUGGAGAUCCCCGCCCCACAGGACUACUGGGGCCCCGUGUUUGCCAUCGGCAUCUUCCUCUUCUCCUUCAUCAUCCCCGUGCUCAUCAUCUCCAUCUGCUACAGCCUCAUGAUCCGGCGGCUGCGUGGCGUCCGCCUGCUGUCCGGCUCCCGGGAGAAGGACCGGAACUUGAGGCGCAUCACGCGGCUGGUGCUGGUGGUGGUGGCGGUGUUCGUGGGCUGCUGGACGCCCGUCCAGGUCUUCGUGCUGGUCCAAGGGCUGGGCGUUCAGCCGGGCAGUGAGACCGCAGUGGCCGUUCUGCGUUUCUGCACGGCCCUCGGCUACGUCAACAGCUGCCUCAACCCCAUCCUCUACGCUUUCUUGGACGAGAAUUUCAAGGCCUGCUUCCGAAAGUUCUGCUGUGCUCCUGCCCUGCGCCGGGAGAUGCAGGUGUCUGACCGUGUGCGCAGCAUUGCCAAGGAUGUGGCCCUCGCCUGCAAGACCUCUGAGACAGUACCACGGCCCGCAUGACUAGGCGUGGACCUGCCCAUGGUGCCUGUCAGCCCACAGAGCCCGUCCACACCCAACACGGAGCUCACCCAGGUCACUGCUCUCUAGGCUGACGGCAACCUGAGCCCUGAGCGUCGCCGGACUCACAGACUUCACCGUGGCUUCAGAGGGCCCGGUGACAUCAUGGGACAGGUCAGACUACAGCUGCCCUCCGGGUUCAGGGUGGAGAGGGGACGCGAGGACCCACCGGUGAGCGUGCGUGACCAGAGCGCACGCCAACUCUCCUAUGCGCCUCGGGACCCUUCUGGCCUCUGCCCCGCCGCACCCUGUGUGCUCUUGGCGUGCACACACCAGGAGGCGUAACAGCAGCGUGCCCACCCCGUGCCCCUGCGCGGCGUGCCGUCUGCGUGGAGCCCUGCCGCGUCUCCUUGGGCUUGGAACCGACUGGAGGGCUGGCAAGGCGUCCGCGGGCAGCGGGGCUUGGAGCCGCUGGCACGGACUUGCCUGCGCCUCAGCUGCUCCCCUUCUCGUCCCCCACCUGCCUCUCAGAGGCUUUUCCCUCCAGAAGCGCCAAGAACUGUCAGCCUCAGCGCGUGCGGAGGCGGCUCAGAGGGCCUGUGGGCUGCUUGAUCACCUCAGGCCGCUGUUUCUUUUUAAAAAUGUCUUCUUUAAAAAUUGUGUUUCUCUUUUUAGAGAGAGAGAGAGGACGCAAGGGGGGGAGAGGGGCAGAGGGGGAGAAAGAGAAUCCCAAGCAGGCUCCGUGCAGAGCCCGACGUGGGGCUCAAUCCCACGACCCCCGGACCAUGACCCGAGCUGAAAUCAAGAGUCGGAAGCUCAACUAACUGAACCACCCAGGUGCCCCCACUCUGUCAUUACUGAAACAGCCCUGUGUUCCUGGUCUUGGCUGCUUGGUGCUGGGGAGGGCUCUGCCAUGCUCCGUCUGGGGGUCCCUGUGUCCUCCCCGGCUCUCUUGAAAUCAGAGGUCAGCAGCCAUGCAGCUGGCGGGACCCUGCACCGUGUUUGGAUCCCGGUGGCCUUGGAAGAGGAGUGGCAGUGGGGUUGGGGUCUUCUUUGCCCCGCCCCCGCCAAGUGACUGAUUCCUGCUUCAUAUACAAGCCUCCCAGUGUCUGUGGGGCAGGUCUGAGCUUCCUGCUGUCGGGACUUACCCUACCUGGGGCCACAUCGGGAUGGCUUCGCAUGCAGAGCUGGUGUAAGGGGUGGGGCUUGACAGGGCCUGCUUGAGCCAAGUGUGAGGACUGUCCAGCUGUGGAAACACUGGAGGGGAGGGUGUCUCCCUGCUGUUGUCACCAGAGAAGCACCCUCCCUGGUCUGCAGAUGUAACUGUGGUUUGGUGACUUUGCAAACACUCUUCCUGCAGAGAAACUGUUGAAUACUCCCAGCGCUGGACAGACUAUUCUGCCUCUACCUGUGAGCUGAGCUGCAGACCUCAGCCAGGUGACCUUAAGCACCUGCAAAGAACACGAAGCACUGACUUUGGGCCGACUUCUCCUGCUUCAGGGAGCCCUGGCCCUGUGGGGUUGCUCCUGGAGAGGAUGGGGCUGUGCUGGCUGCAGUGGGGGGGGGGCCUCUGGAGACUGGGGCUGCCUCAGCUGGGGCACUGUCCUGCCAAGGCUGCAGGAGUUGUGAAUUUGUGCUGGUGUAACAUGUAUCUCCCUGUAUUUAUGCAUGCGACAAGCAUGAUUUGCCCUACAUGUAACCAACCUUGAUCAUGCCUCUAGGCCCACGGAGGGCCAUAAUAAACCCUUGCCUCCUGA